AUUCCUUGCAGCAUCCCUCGAGUCAAUAUUUCCUGUUAGUGGAAAGUGUCUGAAAACAAAAUAUACGUCCACAACAUUGACGGAGGGUCGAGUCAGGUUUCAGCCGAGUCAGUUCGCAUACCGGUGAAAAGGUGGCGAAGUUUGAGGGAAAAAUUUUUUCAGCCGUCAAUAAUUUCUUUUCCACGUCGCCUCUCGUCAACCAGAUCAAAGACCUGAUGACGAAACAAACGGAGCAGCAGGACCCGCAAGAGGACGUGCACCAGCAGUUCAAAAAACUCGACGAAUCCGGCGUCGAACAGGUGUGUCCCUUGAAAAUCAUCGAGACCGAAGAUAAGCUAGAGAAGGAAACGGAAAAUUCAUCCAAAGUAUCGUCCAGGCUAUCCUGCGUAUCCAAAAGUCAAAUGAAAGAAUUCCGAGAGGCAUUCCGGCUGUUCGACAAGGACGGCGACGGUAGCAUCACGAAGGAAGAACUCGGCAGGGUGAUGCGGUCGCUUGGUCAGUUCGCGAGAACCGAGGAGCUGCAGGAAAUGCUCCAAGAGGUCGACAUCGACGGUGACGGCAACGUCAGCUUUGAGGAAUUUUUGGAUAUUGCCUGGUCCGCCGCAGGAUCCGACCCCGACCAAAUCCUUUCUCGCGAAGAGGAAGAGAAAGAGCUCAGAGAUGCCUUCAGGGUGUUUGACAAGCACAACAGGGGUUACAUCACUGCGUCGGACUUGAGGGCCGUCAUACAAUGUUUGGGAGAAGAUUUGUCGGAGGAGGAGAUUGAAGAUAUGAUAAAGGAGGUUGAUGUGGAUGGCGAUGGCCGCAUAGAUUUCUACGAAUUCGUCAACGCUUUAGGAGAACCGGGAAACGACGACAGCUACGAAGAAGACGACGACGAAUACGCCGGCUUUUAAAACGAAGAAAAUGUUCUCAAGCACUCAUAAUCAAAUUUUUCAAUGAAUCUUAUAUCGUGAUCUUACAAUACUAUCAGUUUAGCGUUUUGUGUAUAUAAUGAUGUGUUAUAUUUAUUUAUUUUUUAUUGUUGUAGAGAAGUUUAGUAAUUUAUAUUAAAACGGGACCUAAGUCCAAUUUAUGUGGUGGCCGGAUUCGAUCGGCCAUCGUGCAAAUUCCAUUGUUUCGCUGUUACGUAUUCACUCUCAGCUCCGAAAAACGAUUGCAAAACGAUCGUCAUCGAUUUUUUAUAUGUCUCCACUUUUCAAGCCGCAGAAAAUUAUUGUAUUAAUUAAGAAAGAAUGAAGAUGGAAAUAAAGUUCUACGCUGCAUCAUACGCGAGUGUUUUUAAAAAACUCGAGUGCUGGGAAUCCCUUUUUCGCGAUAACCGCGAUAAGUUUUGAAAAAUUUGAGAGACUUCUACAAGCUAUCGAACAUACACAUUUAUCUGUCGAUACCAUAAUAUUUAAAAAUAAAUUGGUGUACAGGGUGUCGCAGUUGUUAUAAGCCAUUUUAAAUAAGCGAAGGGUAAUAAAUUGGGAAAUUCCGAUGUACUGUAGAGUUAUUCAUUUUGAUUACUCAUUUAAUUAUUAUUUAUAACGGAGUAAAUUAAAUUGAAUAACCUUUAAUGACUGCCUGCCUGCACUCGUUAAAAAGAAAAGAAAAAAAACAUUUGUUACUCCAUUUUAAUUAGAAUUAUGUUUCUGUUCAAAUAAUAGGGUUACGAUUUCUACCAUCCGUGGUUACUUUUGGUUACUUCGAUUACAUCAAGUAGAACUUCAACAUGUUUACAACACGCAGUGAUACGUAAUCUUUGAGGUUAGAUGCAAGAGCAACGCACAUGUUGCUGGGGCAUCGUUUUUCAAGACAUUUCUGCAGAAUAUCAAUAUUUUAGGAAAAAAAUUGGUAAAAAAAUAUUUUAAGCAGUUGUUUUUUCUUCAUUCGAGGAGUAUCUUGGUAGUGAC